AUGCUUCAAUCUGCAAAUCACCACGACCCCCUCCAAGAUUCAACGCCAUUGCUAUCAGCAAGCUCGACGCGCAGCAACACCACCACCAGCAGCAGCAACAGCAGCGACGCCGACGCCGACGAGAGCCCCGCGCCUUCAUUCCGAUACGAUUUCCAAGCCCUCAAUUUCAAGAUCACCUGCUCGCAAUCCUACAAAUCCCUGGCAGUCCUCUCCGGCCACGUGGGAUCGGUUUCUUGCCUGGCCCUCUGCGGCGAGUUCAUCCUCAGCGCCUCCCAGGGCAAAGACAUCAUCGUGUGGCAGCAGCCGGAUUUGCGCCAAUUCACCAAGUUCGGGCAGGGCGACGGCGCCGUCAAGGCGCUGGUCACCGCCGGGAACAGGGUUUUCACGGCGCAUCAAGACAGCAGGAUUAGGGCGUGGAAGGUUUCUAGAAGCUCCGAGAAUGUGUUCAAGCUGAUCGACACCCUCCCCACAACCAAGGACUAUUUGGGGAAGUUCAUGAAGCAGAGCAACUACGUGCAGACGAGGCGCCACCACAAGCUCCUCUGGAUCGAGCACGCCGACACCAUCUCGUGCCUGGCCGUCUCCGCCGGCCUCAUCUACUCCGGCUCGUGGGACAAGACCAUCAAGGUGUGGCGGGUGUCGGAUUUCAAGUGCCUCGAGUCGAUCAAGGCGCACGAUGACGCCAUCAACGGCCUCAGUACCGGGAAUGGGGUGGUCUACUCUGCCUCGGCCGAUGGCAGGAUCAAGGCGUGGGCGAGGGAGGCCGGGACGAGGAGGGGUCAUUCGUGUAGAGGGGUCUUGGAAGGGCACAAGGAUGUGUCGUUCAACUCCGUGGUGGUCACUGAUGAUGGGGAUUUUGUGUAUGGGGGUGGCUCGGAUGGGAGCUUGAUGGGGUGGUUCUGUGAUGAGGGGUGGACGUGGAGGGCCAUGUGCGACGUGAGGGGGCAUGAGACGGCGGUGCUGUGUGUGUGCUUGAUGGGGGGGAUGAUGCUGUGCAGUGGCUCGGCGGAUAAGAGUGUGUGUGUGUGGAGGAGAGAGGUGAGUGGUGGGCUGGUUAGGCAUAUGGUGAUCAAGGGCCACCAAGGCCCGGUGAAGUGCCUGCAGGCGUCGCCGGUGAGGGUCGGCGGCGGCUUCAUGCUCUAUAGUGGGAGUCUUGAUAGGAGUUUGAGGGUUUGGUGGGUGCCUGCUGAUGAUAAAGAAGAUAAGGAGAAGCAAUGGAGGUUUAUCAAUUGAGGUGUUGGUUUUUUUUUGUUUGGUUAUCCUCGCAAGAUUGAGGCAUUCUUUUGGGUUUUUUUGGCUUAGUUUGUGUGAUAGAGAUACAUUCAUAGGAAAGAGUGAUUGUUUUUGUGAUAUACUACAAGUUUACCAUUUUUACUUGAAGGUGUAAAUUACAUCAAUUAGUUGGAUUGGAUUUGAAUACAAAGAUUUUUUUUUUU